CUCAGGUGUUCAUGCGCUCGCGCCUGUUUUCGGGGUGAGCGUUAAGAGCUCUGUGCAUGUCAACUUACGCCGGAGAGAAACGGUUCAACAAAAGGCGACUGGACCGAUGCAAUGAUACUCACGCGCAGCAGGAGUCCUCUUCUGCUCGCCGUCACCUGCAUGUACUUCUCGGGAGGUUUGCUUUGGUCCUACCAGGAGGAGGAUGCCACUCUCGGAGAAGAGUGCUCCGAGAAUAAGAUCUCUACGACGAAGUACCCCUGCGUGAAGUCGAGCGGAGAAGUCGCGACGUGUUACAGGAGGAAAUGUUGCAAGGGCUUCAAGUUCGUGUUGGGCCAGUGCAUUCCUGAAGACUAUGACGUGUGUGCUGACGCCCCCUGUGAGCAACAGUGUACUGACCAUUUUGGUCGAGUGGUGUGCACCUGUUACCCUGGAUACCGCUACGACCGCGAGCGUCACCGCAACCGAGAGAAACCGUACUGUCUGGACGUCAACGAAUGUGCAGACGAAAACAUGACCGUGUGCUCUCAGAUCUGCGUCAAUUCUGUGGGGACGUACAGGUGUGAGUGUGCGACGGGCUAUUUCCUGGAAGGAGAUGGGAAAACAUGCACCAAGGGGGAGAGAGCAGUGCAUCUCUAUGAGAAGUCUGACAACGUGAUGAACGCUGGAACUUGCUCAGCCACGUGUGACGAUUUCCUCCAGAUCCGGAUGUCUGUCUUCCAGCUUAAACAGAAGAUGGCCAUGCUGUCGAACAGUGCCGACAUCCGCGAGCAGAUGACCAGCCACAAAAUCCUGACGUCGCCCGUAUUUCUACCGGGGCCUCCAGGUCUCCCGGGUCCUCCAGGGGAUUCUGGCUCAGAGGGCCCUCCAGGACUUGCAGGGCUGUUGGGGCCCCCUGGGUCUCCCGGUCCCAGAGGCUUGAUGGGACCCAUUGGACCCACACCAGACCUGUCUCAUAUCAAACGGGGUUCCAGAGGACCUGUGGGCCCUCCAGGAGCGGCGGGAAAAGACGGCCCAAAGGGGGAGAGAGGAGCUUCUGGGCCUGUCGGACCACCAGGCCCUCCAGGCUCCUUCGACUUCCUGCUUCUGCUGAUGGCCGACAUCCGUAACGACAUCGCCGACCUGCAGAGCAAGGUGUACGGGCGGCCCUCGCUCUCUCCGGGGGACCUCGCCGUGGAGCCCGACAGCUGGCGGGACAACCAGGACGGUCUGGAUACGGGCUCAGGUGAGGACCAUAAGGACCCUCCACCUCCACCAGGCCGAGCAUCCAAGAGGAACAGGAAGAGGAAACCAGCGCGAGAGAGGACAGACUUUGACUGGAAUAUUUAAGGGGGUGGGUUUAAAUACUUGGUGUCGGGUGUACAUGUUGAAGGGGUUUGCAUUUUUUAUUUAAACAUAAUGAGCUGUAUGCCUGUCGAUCACAGAUGUAUAUUUUUGUAUGAUAUAUGAGUUUGUGUGAAUAUUUUUUAACUAAAUGAGUACUGUGCAAAUGCAUGUUUUUUUAAUUAUAUAUUUUCAGAAACGUAUGGUUCAUUAAACAAGUCUCUCAUGAGAGCAGCUUUUAAACUCUA